AAAUUAAGGUCUCUCCCCGUUCCGUUGUGUUUGACAAAACGGGAGGGACCGACGUGAAUGUGUCCAAUACUUUACACUUUGGUUAGCAGAAUGAAUACAUCCCAACUCAAGCUCAAGUAGACGUAGACUUGAGAAAACCUCUGUUGUUGCAAUGGUAGUACUAUCUAUUUGUUGCCACAAAUUCCAAAACCGGGAGUUGCUAUGAAGGCGGGGGCCUCGUCCAUGUGGGCUUCGUGCUGUGGACUGCUGAAUGAAGUUAUGGGCACUGGGGCAGUAAGAGGCCAGCAGCCAGGGUUUGGAGCUGGUGCCGGACCCUUCCGGUUUGCCCCCAGCGCAGGCUACUCCACAUACCCACCCACAUCCUCAGGGAGCCCCAGCCUUGUUUGUAAGGCCUGUGGCCAGGCCUUCUCUGUUUUCAGGAGGAAGCAUAUCUGCUGCGACUGUAAAAAGAGUUUCUGCAUGCUGUGCACCGUGCUCCAGGAGAACCUUCGAAUAUGUGCAACAUGUCACCUGCUGAAGGGCACGGCCUUCCAAAGACCCCAGCUGAUGCGGCUGAGGGUCAAGGACCUGCGGCAGUACCUGCUGCUCCGCAAUGUCCCCACGGACACCUGCCGGGAGAAGGAGGACCUGGUGGACCUGGUGCUGUGUCACCAGGGGGCGGAGGGGGACGAGGACGACCCGGACACGGCCAGCCUCAACUCCCACCCCCUCUACACCCCGCCCAUCUCCGUCGCGCGCUCAGCCUCAGAGCUGUCUGCGCUCUCCGUGUCCCCCUCUCCAGGGGAAGCACUCAGUAGGAGCGACAGCUCAGGGACUACCCACCAGGAUGUAGGAGAUACCACGUCUCUUUCCCUCCUCAACCUGGAACCCAGCGACCACACCCCAGAGGUGAGCCCUCAGACACGGCAGCGAGCGCGGGCCUCCCUCUCAGACAUCUCCAGCCUGAGGGACAUCGAGGACCUGUCUGUCAGACAGCUGAAGGAGAUCCUCGCCCGGAACUUUGUCAACUAUUCAGGUUGCUGUGAGAAGUGGGAGCUGGUAGAGCGAGUCAGCAGGCUCUACAGGGAGACAGAGCAGAACAGGAAGUCAUUGGAAAAUGUGAACACGGCUAUAACUGCAGUAGUGGCACUGCCCCCUCCUUCCCUUUGGAAUGGAGGGAUUAGAGGUGAAGUGUCUGAAAAGGAUGGGGAGAAGGGUCAGCUGACCAACCUGGAUGAAAACCUGUGCCGGAUCUGCAUGGACGCAGUGAUCGACUGCGUCCUCCUGGAAUGCGGUCACAUGGUCACCUGCACCAAGUGUGGCAAGCGGAUGAGUGAAUGUCCCAUCUGCCGGCAGUAUGUGGUGAGAGCCGUGCACGUCUUCAAGUCCUAAUGUCUCAACCCGGCAGUAUGUGGUGAGAGCCGUGCACGUCUUCAAGUCCUAAUGUCUCAACCCGGCAGUAUGUGGUGAGAGCCGUGCACGUCUUCAAGUCCUAAUGUCUCAACCCGGCAGUAUGUGGUGAGAGCCGUGCACGUCUUCAAGUCCUAAUGUCUCAACUCGGCAGUAUGUGGUGAGAGCCGUGCACGUCUUCAAGUCCUAAUGUCUCAACCCGGCAGUCUUCGGCAGUACCACCAUCACCAAACAUUAACCUCCAGAGACACAGGUCCGGGUGAUUCUGUGAUUCCGUGUGACGGCCUCCAUCUUCAACAACCAACCAAGAUGCUCAGAAAAAUACCCAAAUACUUUUGUUGGUGUUUUCUGUAACUAUCCCCUGAAACAUUUCCAUUACAGUACAUUUGCUCAUAUUUAUGGGUAAUGUGGCUCUUUAAUUAUUUUUUUUCUGAGUAGUCAGUGACCAAGUUUGACCAAUGGAAAAAAAGGUAGCAGUCCAUCCUCCAUUACUAAACACAUCUACCAUAUCGUCUUAUAUACCUGUCAAGAAUGUGAGCUACUCAAUACCAUGUGUAAUGUUGUUAAACAUUACUUUUGAUUCUGCCUACUAUGAACCGAAGCUUUUGCUGCAUAACUUGGUAAAUGCUUUAGAAAACGUUGUACUUUACAAUAAACAUAGAUAAGGGUUGAGUGAAUUAGGUGGCAACUGAGAGAAUGCUCCGAUCCCUAUCUACUCUGUGUCCGUGUGUGGAUGUUGGUAAUUAGCAUGUCAUGAUGUAACUAAUCAGAUGGCACUUUCUGAUCUGUCUGUCUGUCUGUGGGUAUGUAUGUGUGCGCGCGCGCAUCUGUUCUCAAUACCACUAACUGAGUGGUAGCUCAGUGUUAUUCCUAUCCCAAUGACCAAACUCAUCAUGGUCUGUCUACUUUCAGAAAGUCACAUUUUUUAUUCUGUUAGAACAGCAAUAUUAAAUUGUCAUCUGUUUAUGUCCUGUUCUUUCUUAGUUAGCACAUGGUGUUAAGAUGGAAAAACAGGCGCAUUCAAAUGUUGUAUGACAGUUUUUCCUGUUUUUUUUUCUUUCUAUGUCCUAAGUAUACCAACAAACUGGAUAUUCUUUAAUACUUUAUUUUUCUUGGAAAUGGAAGGAAUUUUUUGUCUGGUUUUAACUGAGCAAUUGUAGUUUUUACAUAACUAAUCAAAUAUAUAGCUGCAAGUUAUCUGACACUGGUUGGAUAUAAAGGGAAAGUGACUUGCUAUGCAGCUGCAUACGUUUCAUAUCACGAAGAUGUACAUAUCUAUCUUUUCCAUCUGAUUUCACUGUGUACUCUUUUAUUAUAGAUGUCCCUCAGAUUGGGUUAGUUUAUUAUUGAAGAGUUAGGUUUUACUGUUAGGGGGAUUGACAUGUUUUGUUACUACAUUGGUUUGCUUGAGCUAGAUGUCCCCACAUGAGAAGUAGAGCAUGAAGACAUGGGGUUUUAUGUGGCACCCUAUCUCCAGUGAGGCUUUGGUCUGAAGUGGUUUUAAACUACAUAAGGAUCUGGGACAUGCAGAAGGCACAGUGGUUGGGUUAGAGAUAGUAUCUCCCUACUGAUCUGCUUGUUUCCUGGUCCGGCUCCUUUAAGAUACUGUACUCUAUCAAACAAAUCAAACUCUGCUGCUAUUUCAGAAAAGAUGUCACAUGCGAACAGAGUAUGCUUAACAAAGUGUGCAAGAUAUGGUCUUUGUAUUUGAAUGUUGAACUAUUUAUUUUGGUAAUUAAAGAUUAAUGAAAAACA